AUGCGGGAGGAGUUUGAAAACGAGCUUCGCCAGCGGGACGAGGUCAUUGCCUCGAAAGAGGCGACGGUGGAGGAGGUGAAGGCGAAAUUGGCGCGCGACGCCAACGCCAUGAUGACGCGCGAGCAGAACGAGUUCCGUGACCGCCUUAGGGAGGAGGUUGAGCGGGUGAAUCGCCAGCUAGAGGAAGAACGCCGUGCGGCCAGGCAGAAAACGGAGGACAUGGAAGUCUUCUUUGAGGAGCAGAAGAGUGUCAUGCAGCGUGAAAUAUCGCGACUGCAGAAGGAGCUUUUUGCACUGAAGGAGACCGCCGCAACGGAGAAAGCGACGUUUCACGACGCGGUGGCGAAGGAGGUUACAGAAAUCACGACCAACUCCAACAAGAUUGUAGGCGAACUGAAGGAGAAGCUUAUGUGGGAGUUUAGCUGCAGGGAAAAGGAGACACAGGUGCACAACAAACACUACUUGGCGGUGAAGGAGGAGGAACUGCGUCGCAAGUGUGAGGCGGAGCGAGAUGCAGCAGUGGCGGCGGCGACGCAACGACUAGAGCAGACGCAUAUAAAAUACCUUACGGAGUCGCACAACAAUGAUGACCUGCUACGUGACAGAGUUGCCCAGAUAAACCGCGAAAAUGAGCGGCUGCGGGUCGAGGCAGAGCUGUUGCAGGAACAGUUGAAGAGUGCGCUUGACGCAAUGAAUAGAAAAGAGGAGGAUAUUGUGCGCCUGCGGGAGGCUGCGGAGUUGACUGACCAACGAGUGAAGGCGAUUGAGGACAGAAUUCGCGGCGAAUGCGAUACGCGGCUGCAUGCACUUGACACGGAGUGGCAGCGAAAACUUCGUCAGUUUGAAAUUAAGCACGUGGAGGAGGUGGGUGGCAUGCAGCAUGAGGUGGAGAAGGUGAACAUAGAGUUGGAGGCGGCGAAGAAUGCAGCCACCUUAGAGCUGAAGAGCAUAGAGCAGAAACACGCUGCGGAGCUUACGAGCAUCAACGAGAGAGUUUUGGUGGCCCUUGCCACCAAAGACAACACCCUGAAGGCGCAGACAGAGCAGAUAAGUCUCCUACAGGAGGCCCUUCGGUUGCGGGAUGAACAUAUUGCCAGACACAGGGAGUUGCUGUGA